AAUACAAUGACAGAAGUUUGUUGAAGACAUCAGCCUAAUCGUUCAUCAAAUGUGUGGCAAUAAAAUUCAAUGCAAAUGGAGUACAAUUCAGCAUCAAAAAAUGCCAGCUCCAAUUCAUUGGACACCGACUCAAAAUCAUCAUCGCCGAGCUCAAAACAGGGUGGUGACACAAUGGUGCCAAAUAGUAAUUUAUUUACAUUAUUAUCGGGUGAAAAAACACAAGACAUGAAAAAUGAUGUUACAUACAUUUGCCCGUACAAUGGUCCAGUCCGCGGAACACUUACAAUCACCAAUUACCGGUUACACUUUCGAUCGAUUCCGAUUAGCGAAAAACAAAAAGAUCCAAUGAUCAUAGUUGAUGUUCCGUUGGGUGUUGUAUCGCGCGUUGAAAAAGUUGGCGGUGUUAGUUCACGCGGUGAAAAUUCCUAUGGUAUCGAUAUAUUUUGCAAAGAUAUGCGAAAUUUGCGAUUUGCCCACAAACAAGAAAAUCAUUCACGACGUACCGUCUUCGAAAAAUUACAAAUGUACGCAUUCCCAUUGUCAUACAAUGAAAAAUUAUUUGCGUUCUCAUACAAAGAAACAUUCCCAGAAGAUGGAUGGACGGUUUACGAACCGAUUGCUGAACUCAGACGAAUGGGCGUUAAUAUGGCUAAUAACGAUACGUGGCGAAUCACGCGAAUCAACGACAAUUAUGAAAUAUGUGAUAGCUACCCAGCCGUAUGGGCAGUUCCAAAAACCGCAUCAGACGAAUUGUUGAAGCAAACGAGUAUGUUUCGUUCAAAGAAUCGAUUGCCAGUGCUUAGCUGGAUUCAUCCAAAUUCAUUGGCCACCAUCACACGAUGCUCACAACCGUUGGUCGGUGUGAGUGGCAAACGCAGCUCGGAAGACGAACAUUAUCUGACAUGCAUUAUGGAAGCAAAUGCACAAUCUGACAAAUUAUCCAUCAUGGAUGCUCGACCCAGUUCGAAUGCUAUAGCGAAUAAAGCCAAAGGAGGCGGUUACGAAGCCGAAGAUGCAUAUCAAAAUGUUGAAGUGAUUUUCCUCGAUAUUCACAAUAUUCAUGUGAUGCGUGAGAGCCUACGAAAACUAAAGGAAAUCUGUUUCCCGGCAAAUGAUGAUCAAAAGUGGCUAACAGCUGUUGAAAGUACUCUAUGGUUAAAGCACAUCAAGUGUAUUCUAGCUGGUGCCGUUCGUAUUGUAGACAAGAUCGAAAAUAUGAGUACAUCAGUUGUUAUACAUUGUUCGGAUGGCUGGGAUCGUACAUCGCAACUUUCCGCAUUGGCAAUGUUGUUGCUUGAUCCAUACUAUCGAACAAUAAAAGGUUUUGAAGUGCUCAUCGAAAAAGAGUGGUUGUCAUUCGGUCAUAAAUUUCAACAAAGAAUUGGUCAUGGUGACAACCAUCAUUCGGACGCCGAUCGAUCUCCAGUCUUUUUACAAUUUAUCGACUGUGUUUGGCAAGUGGGCAAGCAAUAUCCACAUGCCCUCGAGUUUAAUGAACAUUUUCUAAUCACCAUUUUGGAUCAUCUAUACUCGUGCCGAUUCGGCACAUUUUUGUGCAAUACUGAACGUGAACGGGUUACAGAGAAGCUCAAGGAAAAUACGGUAUCGUUGUGGUCAUUUAUCAAUGCAUCGAGUGACCAAUAUCGUAAUCCCAUUUACGGUGGUCGUCAGUGUCCCAUUGAAAUGGUAUUGAAACCAAUCGCAAGUAUGCGUCACAUUCGUCUAUGGCGAGGUCUUUACUGCCGUUGGAAUCCAUGCAUGCGUGCUCGGGAUCCGGUAUAUCAACGAACCCGUGAACUACUCGCUCUACAAGAACAACUUCAAAAACAAACGGAUGAAUUUCGAUUAGAAAAGAACCAAAAAUCGGCGAAUCAAGGUUGUCGAUUGGCAUCGCCACUUCAUUAAAACGACCCGCUGUGCUUCACAAAUAAAUAAAACAAUUUUUUUUUGUUUGCGUCAGCCGCUAAAAAUUCACUUUACAUACGAAUAACAUAGAUUUUUAUUGAUAUAAUUACUUAGAGAGUAUGUAUUAAAUCCAAUACACAUUUUAUAUGCAAA